AUGGGUGGAUGGAAUGAAGGCGUUUGGUCGUGGGGAGAGUUUGGAAUACCUCAAGGCUGGACGGACACUGCUAUGGAAGCGAAUUUACUGCACUUGCAGCAGCUUUUAAGCGCUGCUCCUCUCUGGUGUAACCGCAACGAUGCUGUGGUGUGGGCGGCCGAAAAAGAUGGGAAUUUUACGGUUAGUAGCUGUUACCAUCUUUUUAACAACGAACACAUUCCUUACUUUCCUGCAGAAAAAUUUGACGUGGCUUUUCAGGAGGUUUGGAGGAUGGAAGCACCUUUGAAGGUUAAAGCAUUUGGAUGGACAUGUUUCAUCAAUAAACUCCCGACGAGAGAUGAGUUAUCGUUAAGAGGUAUUAUUAAUCACUCUUUUUCUCCUUGUGUUUUCUGCUGUGUGAACGAAAAAUCUUCUUUUCAUUCUCUGAUGUAUUGCUAUAAUUCGGAUUUGGUUUGGAAAGAUAUAGCGAAAUGGGUUGGUUUUAAGGAUUACAAGGCAGAAGGUUUUAAGGAAAGUUUCUUGAUGUGGUCCUCUUUUUGUAAUAAUCAGAGGGAAUGGUGUGGUUGGCGGUGGUUUGGACGCUUUGGAAAGUGA